CAGGGGAGGAGACAACACGGGGAAGUUGUGCUCACAAUUACUGCUUAUAAACUGCAACAGCUCAGUGCAGAGCCGACCAGCUGUACUUACUGACUUCUCUUCUUCUCGGAUCCAGGACGCAGACAUGUCCAAGCCCCUGACUGACCUGGAGAAGAGGAAGCAGAUCAGCAUCAGAGGCAUAGUCGGGGUUGAGAAUGUCUCUGAGCUGAAGAAAAACUUCAACAGGCACUUGCACUUCACUCUUGUUAAAGACAGGAAUGUCGCCACCACCAGGGACUACUACUUCGCCCUGGCCCACACUGUGCGAGAUCACCUGGUGGGCAGGUGGAUCAGGACCCAGCAGUAUUACUAUGAGAAGGAUCCCAAGAGAACCUACUACCUGUCUCUGGAAUUUUACAUGGGCCGCACAUUACAGAACACAAUGAUAAACAUGGGGCUGCAGAAUGCUUGUGAUGAGGCAAUAUAUCAGCUUGGAUUGGACAUAGAAGAGCUAGAGGAAAUGGAAGAAGAUGCUGGUCUUGGCAAUGGAGGUCUUGGCCGUCUUGCUGCAUGUUUUUUGGAUUCUAUGGCAACCCUUGGACUUGCUGCUUAUGGUUAUGGAAUUCGAUAUGAAUAUGGAAUAUUCAAUCAGAAGAUCAAAGAUGGCUGGCAGAUUGAGGAAGCUGAUGACUGGCUCAGACAUGGAAACCCAUGGGAAAAAGCACGUCCUGAAUACAUGCUGCCUGUCCACUUUUAUGGACGUGUGGAAAACACAAAAACUGGAGUAAGAUGGGUGGACACUCAGGUUGUCCUUGCAAUGCCUUAUGAUACCCCAGUCCCUGGGUACAUGAACAACACAGUCAACACCAUGAGACUUUGGUCUGCACGAGCGCCUAAUGACUUCAACCUCCGUGACUUUAAUGUCGGUGAUUACAUACAAGCAGUACUGGACAGAAACCUGGCUGAGAAUAUCUCCCGUGUCCUCUAUCCAAAUGAUAAUUUCUUUGAAGGUAAAGAGCUGCGCCUGAAGCAGGAAUACUUUGUUGUGGCUGCCUCUCUACAGGACAUCAUACGUCGCUUCAAAGCAUCAAAAUUUGGUUCACGUGAAUCUGUCAGAACUGGUUUUGACUCCUUUCCUGAAAAGGUAGCAAUUCAGCUUAAUGAUACACACCCUGCAAUGGGAAUUCCUGAGCUGAUGAGAAUUUUUUUGGAUAUUGAGAAGCUUCCUUGGGACAAGGCCUGGGAAAUCACAAAGAAGACCUUUGCCUACACAAACCACACUGUGCUACCUGAAGCUUUAGAGCGCUGGCCUGUGGAACUUUUUGAGAACUUGUUGCCAAGACAUCUACAAAUUAUCUAUGAAAUAAACCAGCGGCACCUAGAUCACAUUGCUGCUCUGUAUCCUGGGGACUCUGACCGGUUGCGCCGCAUGUCCUUGAUUGAAGAGGAUGGAGUAAAGAGAGUAAACAUGGCUCACCUGUGCAUCGUUGGAUCACAUGCUGUUAAUGGAGUGGCCCAGAUUCAUUCAGACAUUGUCAAAAACAAAGUGUUUAAAGACUUCAGUGACCUAGAGCCAGAGAAGUUCCAAAACAAGACAAAUGGAAUUACUCCGAGACGUUGGCUUCUGCUGUGCAACCCUGGACUUGCUGAGCUUAUUGCAGAGAAAAUUGGAGAAGGUUAUGUCAAGGACCUGAGUCAGUUGAAAAAUUUGAACAAAUUUGUAAAUGACAUUGCUUUUAUUCGUGAUGUUUCCAAAGUGAAGGAGGAAAACAAGCUGAAAUUUGCCCAGUACCUGGAGAACGAAUACAAAGUGAAGAUCAAUCCGUCAUCCAUGUUUGAUGUGCAUGUGAAAAGAAUCCAUGAAUAUAAGCGUCAGCUGCUGAACUGCCUUCAUAUAAUCACCAUGUACAACCGUCUCAAAGCUAAUCCCAAAAUGGAUUUCGUUCCCCGGACUGUGAUAAUUGGAGGAAAAGCUGCUCCAGGAUACUACAUGGCGAAGCUGAUCAUUAAACUCAUCACGGCUGUUGCAGAUAUUGUGAAUAAUGACUUUUCUGUGGGUUCAAAGCUGAAAGUUGUUUACUUGGAGAACUACAGAGUCUCAUUGGCUGAGAAAGUGAUUCCAGCAACAGACUUGUCAGAACAGAUUUCCACAGCAGGCACUGAAGCGUCUGGCACAGGGAACAUGAAAUUCAUGCUGAAUGGAGCACUGACCAUAGGCACAAUGGAUGGAGCCAAUGUGGAAAUGGCAGAAGAGGCAGGGGAAGAGAACUUGUUUAUCUUUGGCAUGCGAAUAGAGGAUGUUGCAGAACUGGAGAAGGCCGGGUACAAUGCUCUAACUUACUAUGAAAAACUCCCAGAACUAAAGAAGGCUAUGGAUCAGAUAAAAGGAGGCUAUUUUUCACCAGCAAAGCCAGAUCUAUUUAAAGAUGUAGUGGACAUGCUUUUCUACCACGAUAGGUUUAAAGUCUUUGCAGAUUAUGAAGCAUAUGUCAAGUGUCAGGACAGAGUCAAUGAAUUGUACAAGGAUUCUAAGGAAUGGACAAAAGUUGUGAUCAAGAACAUAGCAGCCUCUGGGAAGUUUUCCAGUGACAGAACCAUUAAGGAGUAUGCCAAGGAUAUAUGGGGUGUGGAACCAUCUGACUUGAAGAUUCCUCCACCAAAUGAACCAAGAGAAGCAAUUGAUGAAGCUGUUAAAGGAGCAAAACCUAAAACUUCUGAUGAAGCUGUUAAAGGAGCAAAACCUAAAACUUCUGUUCAGAGAGCCUAGAUUAAACUGCACUUAUUAGACUGUUCAUCUACAAUAGCUGAAAGCUGUAAAAUGUGAAAUCUAACCAAAAGAAAAGACUCUAGUACAAUCGAUGUAUCUUGCUUUGCAAAAUAAGUUUUAUACUGUGGUGAAACACAUUUUAUAUAUCUUUGAAUAACUGCUUAAUAUUUUCAGAAUGUUUUUAUAUUAAGAGUUCCUGUCGGUAAACUGUAAUGUAGCUUUAUUUGCACUAAGAAAGAAAAUAAAUAAAAAUAGGGAAAUUUC